AUGGUGGCAGGGCUGCUGGGCGGCGGCGGCGGGGCCCGCGCGGGGACCGUGCCGGGCGCCUGGCUGUGCCUGAUGGCGCUGCUGCAGCUGCUGGGCUCGGCGCCGCGGGGCUCGGGGCUGGCGCACGGCCGCCGCCUCAUCUGCUGGCAGGCGCUGCUGCAGUGCCAGGGGGAGCCGGAGUGCAGCUACGCCUACAACCAGUACGCCGAGGCGUGCGCGCCCGUACUGGCGCAGCGCGGCGGGGGCGACGCGCCGGGGGCCGCCGCCGCCGCCGCCGCCUUCCCGGCCUCGGCCGCCUCGUUCUCGUCGCGCUGGCGCUGCCCGAGCCACUGCAUCUCGGCGCUCAUUCAGCUCAACCACACGCGCCGCGGGCCCGCCCUGGAAGACUGUGACUGCGCGCAGGACGAGAACUGCAAGUCCACCAAGCGCGCCAUUGAGCCGUGCCUGCCCCGGACGAGCAGCGGCGGCGCGGGCGGCCCGGGCGCGGGCGGGGUCAUGGGCUGCACCGAGGCCCGGCGGCGCUGCGACCGCGACAGCCGCUGCAACCUGGCCCUCAGCCGCUACCUGACCUACUGCGGCAAGCUCUUCAACGGGCUGCGCUGCACCGACGAGUGCCGCACGGUCAUCGAGGACAUGCUGGCCGUGCCCAAGGCGGCGCUGCUCAACGACUGCGUGUGCGACGGCCUGGAGCGGCCCAUCUGUGAGUCGGUCAAGGAGAACAUGGCCCGCCUGUGCUUCGGUGCCGAGCUGGGUAACGGCCCGGGCAGCAGCGGCUCGGACGGGGGCCUGGACGACUACUACGACGAGGACUACGACGACGAGCAGCGCGCCGGGGGCGCGGGCGGCGAGCAGCCGCUGGACGAUGACGACGGCGUCCCGCACCCGGCGCGCCCGGGCGGCGGCGCUGCAGCCACGGGCGGCCGCGGGGACCUGCCCUACGGGCCGGGGCGCAGGAGCAGCGGCGGCGGUCGCUCGGCGCCCGGAGGCGCUUGGACCCCGCUCGCCUCCAUCUUGCUGCCGCUGCUGCCGCUGCUCUUUUAGCCCUGGAGUCCCCCGCCGUGGGCUGCGGGAGGGCCUGCGCCGGGGCACCUGUGGCACGGGGACCGAGGGGAUGGUUUGGAUACUUUCCAAAGCGUGUACUAAGUAGACUCUGCCUAGCGGGUCUCUCCUGCACGACUCUUGGCACUUCUCCCGUGUCCUCUCCCGAGCAUGACUUCUUGGACAUCCUCCCCCUCCCAUUCCAGGCUCCAGAAACUCCCAGCUCGUCUGCC